CUAAGUGCGAGAAGGAACUAUCGUGGUCGCCUGCAUGGAGCGGAGGCGGGCUAAGACGGGAAGUGUGGGAGUGCCCGAUUGACGUUACUAUAAAGCUAGGCACUGUGCCCUAGCUUACUUGCAACCCCGAUCACCCAAGUUUCAUCAGGUCUGACGUACAGACUUCUAGAUUGAUUUAACUGUCUGUUCCUGGCUUCCAGGUCAUCUAUAAUGCCAUCGGGAUUUUGCCCCACCUAUGCACCGUUCUUCGGAGCCCUGGGAUGCACCAGUGCAAUCGUCUUCACUGCCUGUGGGGCAGCUUACGGAACAGCGAAGGCUGGCGUCGGCGUUUGCUCCGCGGGAGUCCUCCGUCCUGACUUGAUCGUGAAGAACAUCGUGCCCAUCGUCAUGGCUGGUAUCCUCGGGAUCUACGGCUUGGUGGUUUCAGUCCUGAUCGCGAACAACCUCUCCCAAGAGGUGGCUCUCUACACCAGUCUUCUCCAGAUGGGUGCUGGCCUCGCGGUCGGGCUGUGUGGAUUAGCUGCCGGGUUUGCAAUUGGGAUUGUUGGGGACGCGGGAGUAAGAGGUACAGCCCAGCAGCCGCGACUUUACGUUGGCAUGAUCCUGAUUCUAAUCUUUGCUGAGGUCUUGGGCCUGUAUGGUUUGAUUGUCGCUCUUUUGAUGAACUCCCGUGCGAGCGUUACGGACUUCAAAUGCAGCUGAUUAAAUUCUUGCUUCCUUGUAAUGGAAGAGGAAGGAGAAACGUGGGAGCAGCAUCACGAACAAAUCCACCUCUCGCUUCUUCCCCACAUAUCCAUCGCAACAAUGGGACAUUGAGCUUGCUCUCACAUUCAAAGCUUCUUCUCAUCACUGGAAGCAGGACCUCAGUUACUCAGAGCACCGUGCCAUUUUGCCUCCUUUCAUAAUGUAAUAAAAAAGCUAUGAGCAGGACUUGUUGAACGACAGUCUUGUGGACCUUGUAAAGAGCGCUUUUCUUUCAAUGGAAAGAUUCACUCCUGCUUUAACAUGUUCUCGACAUCUAUAUCCUCCAACAAGUCGGUAUGUUCCUUGUUCAGUACCUUAGGACCAUUCGUCUCGAACCAAAAUGCCCACGUACUACGAGUAUUGAUAUCGAGAUUGUCACGGCUCGACUUCAAUCCUACGUGUUGAAGCUGGGGCGGGGCCAACGCGUAACGGGUACGUU